AUGUCUGUUGUAGGCUUUAAAAUAACUGAGGAGAAAAUGCCCUUAAAUCACAGCACUGAGAAGGAGAAAAACAUAAGACAUAUUGGUCACUAUUCUUCAUCGUACUCCAUGAAAAAAAAUCAAGUUGGAAUCCAUUUGCUUCUGGUGGAGCUGUGUGAGAAGUUCACUUUGUUUGAAGUCGUCUGCAAUAUGAUCCCCUUUUGCACUGUCCAGCUUGCCUAUCACAAUUACCAGCCAGCCAUUUUGAACUUGUGUUUUAUCGGAACUUCAAUAAUUACCCCCGUGUUCGUGGGGUGGUUUGCUGAUGUCUGUGUAGAAAGAAAAAAACUCGUAUAUAUGUGCUUAUUUCUACAUUUUCUGGGCAAUGCUUUGUUAUCUGUGGUUGUUUCCCCCUUGCGAAAUUUCUAUAUAGGGAGUCACCAUAUGAUCAACAACAUACCAAAAAAGAAGACCAGGCUGUUUUAUGUAGCCCUGUUGACCAUCUGCCUCGGCACAGGGGGAAUAAGAGCCAUCGUUUGCCCACUGGGUGCUUACAGCCUUCAGGAGCAUGCAUCACAGAAACAAAUGUCUUUUUUUAACUGGUUUUAUUGGAUCAGGAACCUAAGUGCAACUGUUGUCUUGCUGGGAAGAUCUUACAUUCAGCACUCAGGGGCUUGGGCCCUGGUUUCACUUAUCCCUUUUAUGUCUACACUUAUGGCUCUGAUAACUCUUCAUAUGGUGCAUUAUAACCUGAUUUACCAGCCGGAAAAAUGUUGCUCCCUCCUGACAACCUCUGGGGUGUUUGUCAAUGCACUGAAAAUGUUCUGUCUGUGACUGCUUCAUGAAGAUCUGACAAACUGGUUAGACCAUGCCAAGGAGAAAAAUGGCGGCCGCUACAGUGAGCUCCAUGUGGAAGACAAAUUUUUCUUCACCCUUUUCCCUCUCUUCAUUUUUCAGCUUCUUUAUAAAAUAUGCAUUAUGCAGGUUCCUUCAGGAUAUUACCUGCAGACCAUGAACUCCAACCUCAACUUGGAUGGAUUUCUUCUGCCAAUUGCAAUAAUGAAUGUCAUUAACACCCUACCACUAUUAAUUCUGGCUCCUUGUAUGGAAUAUCUCAGGACCUGCUUAUUUUCUGCUAACAGAGAUGGAUCAUUUCUAUUGGCAUGCAUUAUCUCUGGAAAUCUAUCUGAUGCCUUGUCUGUGAUGGUAGCUGGCUUCUUUGAAAUACACGGAAAGCACUUCCCUCCAGUGGAGCAGCCUCUUCCAGGCAAAGUUCUCACUGUUUCCUCCACACCCUGUCUCUACCUGGUUCUUCGGUACACGUUACUGGGAGUGGCUGAAACACGGGUCCACCCAGCACUUUCUAUAAUAUCGUACAGAUUUGUUCCAAGUACCGUCAGAGGAAACCUUACGAAUUUUUUUAUCCUGUUCAAUGGAUUUGUUUACUUCAUGGGGGAACUGCUGGUCGAAUUUGUAUAUCUCAUCUCAGAAGGCAAUUGGUUUCCAAACACAUUAAACAAAGGCAAUUUAGAAAGCUUCUUCUUCUUCUUGGCAUCAUUAACGUUGUUGAACACCCUGGGAUUCUGGAGUGUUUCACAAAGAUAUUGUAUUCUAAAUCAUUUUAAUGCUCAGAACAUCAAUGGGAGUAAUCUGGAAGAAACACUUCUCCUCCGUGAAAAGUCUCUGAAAUUUUAUGGCAGUACACAGGAAUUUUCUUCAAGUAUCGAUCUUUGGGAGACAGCCCUAUGAAACUGUAUUUGACUCCACCUGUCUUAUGAGCAAAAUACUCAUUGUUGUCUUCAGCUGAACACUUUAUGCAUUUCAGUUUGAGCCAGUAUGUAGAGGAGUGGCUUUCUGAGCACUAUUUGUGCACUAUAUCUACAGAGACUAAUUAUGACUCUAAUAAACUAUUAUGCCUUUGCAUUAAUAUGCUAUGCAUUAAAAUUAUAAAGCAAUUUCAGAGUCUAGGUGAUUGCAAAACCAAAUGACAGUUUCCUAAUACAGCACAAUAUUUUACAACUUUUUACA